CUGGAGUCAAAGGCAGGAGUUCAGGGCCAUCCUGGUCUACAGCGUGAGUUCCAGGACAGAUAUACAGAGAGAAACCCAGUUUCGGAAAACAAACAAACAAAACCAACCUCAAGCGCCAGGAAAGGGCACGAAAACGCGUGAGCCUUAUUCAGGAUGCAGUGUUUGCUGCUCCUUUGUGGAUGUCUGUUGCUGACAACUGGCUCUGCUCAUGGCGAUGACUGGAUCGACCCCACAGAUAUGCUCAACUACGACGCUGCUUCAGGGACAAUGAGAUCUCAGGUGAAACACAGUACAUCAGAGAAAAAGGAAGUGAGCCCUGACUUGUCAUAUGCCGAGGACUUGUCAGACUGUUUGCACAGACUGGAUUCUUUAACUCAUAAGGUUGAUAAUUGUGAAAAGAAGAAAAUGAAAGAUUAUGAAAGUCAAAGUAAUCCUGUUUUUAGGAGAUAUCUAAAUAAGAUUUUAAUUGAAGCUGGCAAGCUUGGACUUCCUGAUGAAAACAAGGUAGACAUGCGCUAUGACGCUGAGAUCCUCCUUACAAGGCAGACACUGUUGGAGAUCCAAAAGUUCCUCGGUGGUGAGGAGUGGAAGCCGGGGGCCUUGGAUGAUGCGCUAAGUGACAUUUUAGUCAAUUUUAAGCGUCAUGAUUCAGAAGCAUGGAAGUGGCAAUUUGAAGAUUUUUUUGGAAUCGAUCCAUAUAAUGUGUUUAUGGUGCUCUUGUGUCUGCUCUGCAUCGUGACGCUGGUGGCUACGGAGCUGUGGACAUAUGUUCGCUGGUACACGCAGUUGAAACGCAUUUUUAUCAUCAGUUUUCUCUUAAGUUUAGGAUGGAAUUGGAUAUACUUAUAUAAGGUGGCUUUUGCUCAGCAUCAGGCUAACAUUGCCAAGAUGGACCCAUCAAACAGUGUGUGUGCUGGGAAGAUGGAUUGGACUGGAAGUUUCUGGGAGUGGUUUAGAAGUUCAUGGACCUAUAAGGAUGACCCAUGCCAAAAGUACUAUGAGCUCUUAUUAGUCAACCCUUUUUGGCUGGUUGCGCCAACAAAGGCUCUGGCAGUUACAGUAACUAACUUUGUAACGGAACCAUUAAAGCACAUUGGAAAAGGAAUGGGUGAAUUCAUUAAAGCCCUCAUGAAGGAGAUCCCAGUGAUACUUCAGAUUCCGGUGCUUGUGAUUAUAGCACUGGCUGUCCUGAGCUUCUGCUAUGGUGCUGGACGGUCAGUUACUAUGCAGAGACACUUGGGUGGUCCUGAAAGAGAGCCCCCCCCAGCACUUGAGGCGGAUGACAGAAGACGACAGAAGGAACUCGACUAUAGAUCCCAUGGUGGAGCAGGUGAUGCAGAUUUCUCUUACAGGGGCCCAGCAGGCUCCAUCGAGCAAGGCCCUUAUGACAGAAUGCAUGCAUGUGAGAGAGAUGUUUUGAGACAGAGACACGUUGACAUGAGAUUUCACUCUGGCAACAAGAGCCCUGAAGUGCUCCGGGCAUUUGAUUUACCUGACACAGAGGCACAAGACCAUCCAGAAGUGGUCCCCAGCCACAAAUCAUCCAUUGUGAAUACAAGCCUUGAGGAGACAAAGAGAGAAAGCACCCCGACAGAAUGCAGCCAGUCUGCCAAGGAUGCCUCCCGCCCAGGUCCUAGCACUGCUGAGAGCACACCCUUAGUGGAGAAGGCCCAGUUGAAGACAGACUCUGAGUGCGGCCCGCAAGGAGGCUGUCCACACAGCACAGCAGCUGCUGCCACAGCACAUGGGGCUGACCCUGUCAGCAGCCCGUGUGGCUAAAGAAGAAGACACAGACCGACCACAGCUCCAGAGUCAUCGUUAAAGUCUGUAUUGACUCUUCAUCUUUCCUUACAAAUAUGUUGAAAUUUACUACAAAGCUGCCAACUUUAAUUUUACAGACUAUCAGAAUAUCUCUUAGCUGUUAGGAUAGAACUAUUUGUAAAGUUUAUGCUUUAGCAGACAGACACGACUAAUUGAGCUGGUAUUAACAGGCAUUUAACUAAUGAUAAAUGUUGCUUCGGCCACACUGCUACAUGACAGCUAGGAAAGCAACAGGAUCCAACUAUCAGAGUGUAUGUUAGCUGAUGGAAGGUCCUCUGAAACCUACUUUAUUAACAGUAUUUAAUGCAGGUCGGCGUCUGCUGCUGCCACACACAUACUCAUCUAUGUUCCUAGGUAGGCCACCUGCAGAGCUAUGUGACUUUCUGCUUACCAGGCCCGUACAUUUAUAAAGCCCCAUUUCCACUUGUUUAGAACCUAGCAGUAGCUUUGAUGCUAUUCAGUUUACUAUAUUCUCUUGGCUAAAUGUAAUUCUGGUUUUCAGCAAGCUUUAGAUGACGAGAACAAGAUGUAUUAACAUUUUUAAGUCAGCAUUUUGUCUGUGAUUUUAAAGUACAUUCUCCAUGUUAUACUUUUAAAAAAACAAUUUAUAUAUUUUGUACAAGUCCUAGUUAGCACUCUUUUUGUGCACGCAGGUUUCCUUUGUUGCUGCAACAAUAUUUAUAUUGCACAUUUUAUUCAGCUGCUUUCCAAAAAUGAGACCACUCAAGAAUUAAGUCUUGACAUUAUCAGGCAGGUUGCUUUAACAAGGACUUUCUGAACAGUUGACUUUAUUUUUUUAAUUUUUAUUUUUUAUUAUUUUUGGUUUAUGUCAAUAUAACGUUCUUGUUUAUCAUUGAGUUGCCAUUGGGAAGGGUAGGGAGGGGAGAGAGAGAGAGAGAGAGAGAGAGAGAGAGAGAGAGAGAGAGAGAGAGAGAGAGAGAGAGAAUAUGAACGAACAUGAGAGAAGAGCAAAUGCCUUUAGUAGUUCAUCACGAAGGUAAAAAUGUCCCCAAAAUCCAAAACGAUUUUGCAUUAAGACCGGAUCACAGACAUGUAAUGAACGAUGAGAGGAUAUAAGCAGUUUAUUCAGACUCUGAACAUCUGUGCAUAAAGCAGUUACCUCUGUGGACUGGACCCACUCACCCUAAUGGUAAAUGCACUCCCAAGAGGGAAGUGUCCUUUGAGCUCCAGUGUAAUUCUACAGAGAAAUAAGUGCCUCCCUUAACAGAUGUGCCUGAUAGGACAGAAGGACUGUUGGCACUAUUUUUAUCCAACAGUGAACCCCUUUAAGAACAAUUACAAUCUCGUCUUUGUAUUUUUCAUUACAGAUGCCCAUUUGGGGAUGGAAUCUACUUUGACAGCUAGCAAAGCAACAUGCUGUUCUUGAGUGAUUACAGCAAUCCAGGGAAGACUUGAUUAAAGCAAGGUGAAGUGAUCAAGGCCAGGUUAUUGCAGCACAGAGAGGCCACUUGUCUCCAGUGACUAGCAAGUGUCUGUCAUUGAGGUUAAAGCAUAUUGUAACUGGCUUUUCAGACAAGAACAGGGUAGGUAGCUGUUAGAAGCACUUUUUAAAAUGGAAUAAAUGUUGAAUGCUUACAUGGUCUUGACCACUGUAAACACAAAAUAAACACUUAUUUUUACAUUA